AUGAAAGAUGUUGCUUUGAUAUUAGAUAUUAUCUCUGGCUAUGACGGAUAUGACAAUCUGACCUCCGAGGCACGGUACCCCGAGAAUGGUUAUACCGCGCAGGUAGUUGAUAAAGAUGCAUUGCGCGGCUUGAAGUUGGGCCUUCCCUGGUACCCUUACUGGUCUACAAUCCAGCAUAUCAACGCCCCUGGAAACCGUGAGGUAUAUGAGAGAACAGUCGCCGAGCUCAAAAUGGCAGGAGCUGAAAUAUACAACAUUACUGAUACCGCUCCUUUCCUCGGUAUUGCGAAUCCGUAUGGCGCUGGCCAGCCGGCUGACACUCCUUCUGAGCUCAGUCACUCCAUUGCCUUCGCCACUCUUCUUGCCGUUGGUUACGGCGAGUGGCUCCAGAACUGGACGUUUCCCGAAGGCGACGAACGUCGCGGCAUGAGCACUCUUGCUGAGAUGGCGGCUUGGAACAUUGCUCACAACGACACGACAGGGGCGCUAGGGAACAACACCUGGUGGUGGGAUACUACUUCAGGCCAAACAUUCUACGACGCUGGUGUGAAGACCAAUGGGACCAUGGGCUCUGCAUUCUGGACUGCGUUUGGCUGGAGUCGUUUCAGGGCUCGCCAGGCGAUUGACAUGGCCCACGAAUACGUAACAGAGAAUGGGACCGCUGUGAAGCUCGACGGCUUACUUGUUCCGAAUGGCAGGACAGGUGGUGGGAGCAACGCAUGUGCUGCUCUUCCCUCGUAUGCUGGAUAUCCGAUUGCUGCGGUUCCGAUCGGUAUGGAUAGCUACUCGACUCCGUACGGACUGUGUAUCUACGGACAACAGUACAGUGAGGCAAAAUUGAUCAAGAUCGGUUCCGCCAUAGGGGAUUUGUUCCAGUGGAACGAGAAGCCAUCGUGGCACGGUUACCAGACCGCCAAGGGACCUCCUGGGGCACCUUGGCCGGGAUACACUUGUUCCACCACCAGUCUAGACCACUACGGCUGUGACGAGGCUUAG